AAGAAUAGAUCGGCAUCGGCAAGCGCUACUUGCUUGUGAGAAGUCGGCUGGCAAUGGACUUCUUGACGUGAUCUAUCGUUACGUUGAUUCAUUCACCUGACGUCUUUUGUAUGUCGAUAAAGAGGAUAGGCGUCACCGAUCAAACAUGCGCGGAUCUAUUUUCCUGGUGUUCUCUCUUUUCGUCUGCUUCAAAAUCGGCGUCGUCACAGCGACGUACGAAGGCAAAGAAUCCUGGAGUUACGUCAAAGUACGCAAGGAUGCGUACAUGUUCUGGUGGUUGAUGUAUGCCGACGACAGUUAUCAAGACUACAAGUCGGCGCCGCUGCUUAUCUGGUUACAAGGAGGCCCUGGAGGUUCAUCGACAGGCUUUGGAAACUUCAUGGAAAUUGGCCCUCUUGAUGUUAAUUUGAAGCCACGCAAUUCAACGUGGGUGAAGUUCGCAAAUGUACUGUUCAUCGACAACCCAGUGGGAACAGGAUACAGCUACGUUAACAACAGCAAGGCCUACGCCACGAACAACUCUCAGAUUGCAAACGACCUGGUCACUUUGAUGGCUGUGUUCUUCAAUAAGCUGCCAGAAUUCCAGAAAGUACCUCUGUACAUUUUCUCAGAGUCGUACGGCGGAAAGAUGGCAGCCUCGUUUGCACUGGCUCUCUACAAGGAGUGCCAGGCUGGAAAGAUUCCGUGCAACCUUCAGGGCGUUGCCAUGGGAGACGGCUGGCUCUCUCCGCUCGACUCCACUUCAACUUGGGCACAGUACCUCUACUCCAUGUCUCUUCUGGACAGGUACGAAGUACAGCUCGUGAACAAAGCGGUCGGAGAAAUCCACCAAGCCAUUACCAGUGGAAGACUCACCAAGGCCACAGAGCUCUGGCAGUCUGCUCAGAACCUGGUCGAAGAUCUCACUUACGGAAUCAACUGGUACAACAUACUCACCCCCUUGCCGAACGAAAAACUUUCCCCCAACGUCACUCUGCCGUACAAGCAUCCGCUAUACAGGACAUUUCAGCGGCUCGUUGCACCCUACCACGGCGACGCCCUGUACAACCUCAUGAAUGGAUACGUCAAGCAGAAGUUGGGUGUGAUCCCAAAGAACGUCACGUGGGGAGGUCAGUCUAACGAGGUGUUCAGUGCUCUUAUGGGCGACUUCAUGCGUCCCGACGUCCAAGUCGUGGACAAGCUCCUGAACGAGACAAAUCUCAAGGUUGUCAUCUACAGCGGGCAGCUCGAUCUGAUCGUAGAUACUAUGGGUACACUGCAAUGGGUAAACCAACUUGACUGGCCAGGGAUCCAGGAGUUCCGGCAAGCCAAGAAGAAGCCGAUGACGGUCGGAAAGUUCACCUCUGCUUUCUACAAGUCGUACAAAAACCUUGUCAUGUUUUGGAUCCUCAAAGCGGGACACAUGGUUCCACGCGACGCCCCCCAGUCGGCCAUUGCCAUGGUGCAGAUGAUUCUGGCCGGCAAAGUCUGAACAAACCUUUCCGAUUGUCACAAUACGCUUGCCAGUUGAUGUGACGAAUGAACUGUAGAACAAUGUUGCGUCACAACACAGUGCGACAAAUUUUAUAUUUACCGAGAACAAUAGUUACGUUAUAUCCAAUUGCAGCACAAUGACUAAGCAGCUUUAUUUAACCAAAGAUUAUGUAUAUGUAAAAUAAAUAUAUCUUUUACAAGUAA